CUGCUGCGCGUGCUGCUCCGUGGGCCCGCGGAGCGCGCGGGGUCCGAGGGCGCAGGGGAGAGCCGCGCGGUCCCGCGGCCACCGCUCCGCAGGGGGGCGCCGAGGGCCCGGCCCUGCCGCCGCCGCUGCUGCUCUACAGCCCCUCCUGUGCUGCACAGCUCGGUUAUAGGCUGGAUCUGGCAGAAUGGACUAACACCAGGCUCCUGCAGAUAUCCUUGAUUUGCAGAAGGCAUCUCAAAAUGUUGUGUCGAGCUGCUCUGAGCCCUCUUGUCCGUUCCCCUGGAUGGUGCUUUGUCUCACCGCCACAUGUCACCGCAGCCAUUUCUCGUUUAUAUCUCCCUUGCCAAAGAUUAAGGAAUGAAUCCAUCCGUUGUUGGAGCAACAUUCCAUUUAUCACUGUGCCACUCAGCCGUGCACAUGGAAAAUCAUUUGCACACCGCAGUGAGCUGAAGCAUGCAAAACGGAUUGUGGUGAAGCUGGGUAGUGCUGUUGUUACUCGAGGGGAUGAGUGUGGCUUGGCCCUUGGGAGGCUGGCUUCUAUUGUAGAGCAGGUCUCAAUGCUGCAAAAUCAGGGCCGAGAGAUGAUGAUUGUCACCAGUGGGGCUGUAGCUUUUGGAAAGCAGCGGUUGCGUCAUGAGAUAUUGCUUUCUCAGAGUGUGAGACAAGCACUUCAUUCAGGCCAGAGUCAGCUAAAAGAUAUGGCUAUUCCGGUCUUGGAGGCCCGAGCCUGUGCAGCAGCUGGACAGAGUGGAUUAAUGGCUCUGUAUGAGGCCAUGUUUACGCAGUACAGCAUCUGUGCAGCUCAAAUUUUAGUCACCAAUCUGGAUUUUCACGAUGAGCAGAAGCGUCGCAACUUAAAUGGAACAUUACAUGAGCUUUUAAGGAUGAAUAUUGUCCCUAUAAUUAACACUAACGAUGCAGUUGUUCCACCUCCAGAGCCAAACAGUGAUCUGCAGGGGGUAAAUGUAAUUAGUGUGAAGGAUAAUGACAGUCUGGCAGCACGACUGGCUGUGGAAAUGAAAACUGAUCUCCUGAUUGUACUUUCAGAUGUGGAAGGACUCUUUGACAGCCCUCCAGGGUCUGAUGACGCAAAGCUUAUUGACAUAUUCUACCCAGGAGAUCAGCAGUCUGUAACAUUUGGAACCAAAUCCCGAGUGGGAAUGGGUGGCAUGGAAGCCAAGGUGAAAGCAGCUCUGUGGGCCCUGCAAGGAGGCACUUCAGUAGUGAUUGCAAAUGGAACUCACCCAAAGAUCUCAGGUCAUGUCAUCACAGAUAUUGUAGAAGGGAAAAAAGUAGGAACUUUUUUUUCAGAGGUAAAACCUGCAGGCCCUACUGUAGAACAGCAGGCUGAAAUGGCUCGAGCUGGUGGCAGGACCUUGGCGGCUCUACAGCCUGAGCAGAGAGCAGAGAUUAUUUAUCGUCUUGCUGACUUACUAACGGACCAGAGGGAAGAAAUUCUCUUGGCAAACAAGAAGGACUUAGAGGAGGCUGAAAAUAAAGGAAGAUUAGCCCUCCCUUUGUUGAAACGCCUAAGUCUAUCUACUUCAAAGCUAAACAGCUUGGCUAUUGGUCUGCGUCAGAUUGCAGCAUCCUCGCAGGACAGUGUCGGCCGUGUAAUUCGACGAACUCGAAUAGCAAAGGACCUGGAUUUGGAGCAGGUUACAGUGCCAAUUGGUGUCCUUCUCGUGAUCUUUGAAUCUCGUCCUGACUGUCUCCCACAGGUGUCUGCUUUGGCCAUAGCCAGUGGAAAUGGCUUACUACUUAAAGGAGGGAAAGAGGCAGCACAUAGCAAUCAAAUCCUUCAUCAUCUGACACAAGAAGCACUCUCUAUUCAUGGAGUCAGAGAUGCAGUGCAACUGGUGAACACAAGAGAGGAAGUAGAAGAUCUCUGCCGUUUGGAUAAGCUGAUAGAUCUCAUCAUUCCACGUGGUUCAUCACAGCUAGUCAGAAAUAUCCAGAAAGCGGCUAAGGGAAUCCCAGUGAUGGGUCACAGUGAGGGGAUCUGUCAUGUGUAUGUUGACACGGAUGCCAGUGUUGAGAAGGUCACACGAAUAAUCAGAGACUCAAAGUGUGAAUAUCCUGCUGCCUGUAAUGCUCUGGAAACUCUCUUAAUUCAUCGAGACUUGCUGAGAACCCCAUUGUUUGAUCAGAUCAUAGACAUGUUGAGAGUAGAACAGGUGAAGAUUCAUGCUGGCCCAAAGUUUGCAUCUUACUUGACAUUCAGUCCUUCAGAAGUGAAAUCUCUGCGCAUAGAAUAUGGGGACCUGGAAUGCUGCAUUGAGGUGGUGGACAGCGUUCAAGAGGCUGUUGAACAUAUCCACAAGUAUGGAAGUUCCCACACGGAUGUUAUUAUCACAGAGAAUGAGAAAACAGCAGAGUUCUUCCUCCAGCAUGUGGACAGCGCUUGUGUUUUCUGGAAUGCCAGUACCCGAUUCUCUGAUGGCUAUAGGUUUGGACUUGGUGCUGAAGUGGGAAUUAGUACUUCGCGUAUCCAUGCACGUGGACCAGUGGGAAUUGAAGGACUCUUAACAACGAAGUGGUUGCUGAGGGGGGACAAUCAUGUUGUUUCUGAGUUUUCAGAGCAUGGGAGCAUGAAGUAUCUUCAUGAAAGCCUCCCUCUCCCUCAGAGAAAUGCCAACUGAAAACACUGGGGAGAAAACCCAGGAUAUAAUUAUUUCCUGAAGUUGUUCAGGCUUCAGGAUAAUCUCUGAAGCUGAAGGAGUUUGUUUUUCAUUGUCAGAAACAUUGUCCUUGGUCAUUUUGCAGUGCAAUGAAUACAAAAUUAUCCCAUCAAUGAGAAUUCUCCCCCUCCUGCCCCUUUCACUUUCCUUAGACAGUAUCUGCAAACUGAUCUCACUUCUCCCAAAGACAGAAUUUUUCAAAUCAUAUAGGUAACAUAAAGAUUUCAGUAUCGACUACAUUACUUUUUUAUCACAGUGCUCUCUGUAGCAAAUAUGUUUGUUGGUGGAACUUAAUUUUUUUUUUUCCUAAGUUUCGUUUUAUUCGAGUAUCUGUUCUGGAGAACAGACUCAGUAGUUUUGGUUUUGAGGGUUUUUUUCUUCAGUCUUAGGAUCAUGGCAUCUCUUGAGGGCCGGAAAGCUUUAUGCUUAAUUUCUUUGUAUUUGAUCAGUCUUGAGAUAGGGGGACAGAUGUUCCAAAUGUAUAGUAAACUUUUGACCAAGAAACCUUUUAUAUCUAAUUCUUUGUAUUGUUGGCUAUUGUAGAUAAAAAACAUUGUCUGCUACAUUAAUUUUGUUACUUAUUUGUACCAAAGGUUUAUUUUCCUUCGGUUUAUAUAAAACUUACUCCAACAGCAUUUUGGUCGUGGCUUGACCAGAAUGAAGCUCUCCACUUGCACAAACACUUCUCAUGGUGCACUGCAGCCCCGCCACACGGCUGGCAGCCAGAGCUCCCCGAUGGCUGCAGGACAUCCCGCUCUCAGCUGGGGGGUCCCAGUGUGCUACUGCCCCAUCAAGACGCUGUUUCCUUUCCUGCCAGCUGCUCUCCGCUGCUGUCCUGGCAUGGGUGGUGGACGCACCGUGCUUGGGAUCUGGUGCUGCUGCACCCCUUUCUCCAGUCACAGGGGCAUCACAAUAGGGCGCAGGGUGCAUCUCCCCUCUGAGCAGAUGCCGUAGGCUGCUGGACAUGGGUGAGGCGAGUGAGAUGCCUCGGUAGGUGUGGAUGGCUCUUGUUCUCUGAAGGUGGCACGGCAGGAGAGCUCAUAUUGGCAUCGGAGGGUUGCAAUGCAGAGGCUACAAUGGGGGUUUUGCCUGGUCAUGAGGGCCGUGGUGCUGUCAUGACCACGGUCAGUGUGUGCAGUCAGCCCCAGGUGCACGGACACCCAGCAGUGGGUGGGCCCCAGAGCAGGGCAGUGGUACUGAGGCUCCCCUGCCUGGGCUUGCUGGCGAGUAGCAAGGAGAAUAGCUUAAGAACCCCAUCCCUCCAAAGUGAAGGUGAGGGAAGGGGGGAUAUCUCUGUGGAGAGGGGGCAAAGUUGGGAAUUGCAGGGACGGGUUUAAAGUCAGUGUAGGGGACAGAGAUGUUCAGGAGCAAUUCCCUUGGAGCAAGUCAAGGGAGCAGGUUAGUUCUCAACAGGAUGUGAGAACUGUGCCAAGGAAAGCAAUUCCAGCAUGUGUCUAUGUUGUAUAAACUCUGUUAGUCUGUAUUCUGCAUUGUACACUGUACCUUCCUCGGGUCUUGAUGUCUCCAUAGCCCUUAGUGAUCACUAGACACCUUAGCCUUCCUGCAAGUCACAAGUGCAUUGCCAUAUCAGCUUAGUGCCUGUCAAGCCUUUCUUGUCUUGCAAUUCCAGCUUAAGGUGUGGAUCUGUUUGGUGUCCAUCACAUUGUAGAUGUUUCUGAGCAGUCAUCCCUCACAGUGGUGAGCCAGGUAGUGCCUUCAGUUCCGUUUCUGUGAGGUUUUUAUUUGACAGAGUUGUCUCCAGGGACUGCAUCCCCAUGUCCAUAACAGUCUUUUGUUAAAGCUUGGCUUCUUGCUCAUCCAUCAUUCUGCUUUUGAUGGCUCUCAUCCACAUCUCUGCUGAUGGCCGCAGCAGUCACCACUUUCCACGGCUACUGUAGAGCACCUGCACUGUCAUGGCACUGUUGGACCUCUCUGCUGGUGGGUGCCGUAUUCCCUGUGGAAGUCAUUGUUGCUUGUGCACUUAUCGCAUCUCACAGUCACAGUGCUUGCGGUGUUGGGUGUCUGUGUCAUGGUAGGAGCUGCCCUGCCCAAGGGUGUAGCAAGACUAAAGACAGGGUAGCACAGCCUCAGGGUGGUGUAAUAAAUAGUAUGUUGAUCUAUGUAGGUACUUUGGUCUACUAUGUAGACCAUACGGUUCGUCUCUGGGCUGUAGACAGCAGGUGCAGUUAUCUUUGUCUUUUGAGGGUGCCAGGCUCUGGCCUUCAGUGAGCAGUAGUGGGUAUGGUAGUGGAGUGGCUGGGUCUUGAAUGUGCCUUGCCUUUUACAGGUGGGGCUCAAUAUCUGGGUUCUUGGGUUCUUUUAGCUGUGUUAGCAUAGAGUAAGCUAGAACUGGACAAAGUCAAUAUUUGAUAGACCUUUACUUGUCAUGGAUUUCAAAAACAAAAUGUGAAUUUGAGUGCUCAAGCAUUUCUAAUGAAUUUUUAAACCCUACGGGCUUUUAGUUAAGGUAAAAACUCUACUCCUUUUAACUGCCCACUUGCUGGAUGAAUUCUUUGGUCAUAUCCUGGAAUUUUAUCUUUCAGGGUUUGGAAAAAAAGUUAAAAGCCUUACAAAAAAGGCCUUGUGUUG